AUGUCCGCAACACGCUUCGCUCCUCUCCUCAGAACCCGUGUGGUUGCUCGCACUCCUGGCUUCCAGGCUAUUCGGUCUAUCUCUGCUACAGCUUCAUACAACAAGGGACCUAUCGAUGCAACCAAGGAUACACUCAAGAAAGCCGACCGGACGGUAUCUGAUGCUGCUGUGAAGGGAAUUGACCAGGGUGAGAAAGCUGCCCACAGCAUCAAGGACGCCGUUGGUGCUGGAGCCCAGCAGGCUAAGGCCAAGGGCGAAGAGGCUAAGGGUGAUGCCGCUAACAUGGCUGGCGAAGGAAAGGGCAAGGCCGAGGAAGCUCUAGGUCAGGGCAAGGGAAAGGCCGAGGAAGCUAUGGGAGAGGCCAAGGGAAAGACAAAGGAGGCCAUGGGUGCUGUUGAAGGGAAGGCCAAGGAGGCCAAGAGCCGCAUGUAA